AUGUCCUCUCUGGUAAUCUUAACAGCCGUACAGCCUGGGAAAGACAAUGAAGACAUGGUGCCAAGCUUCAGUGGUCAGAAGAAAAAGAUUGGAGUUCAUGAAUGCUGGAUUUCAACGGACAUGCGAGGAGAUCUCUUAACAUGUACUCUCCAUAUCAAAAAUCAUUCUAACAACAACGUUAUAAGUUGUAUCAGAGGUUUAGAUAUAGUGCAAGACUUGGACCGGAUGCGCUCCAGAGAGUUUGAAGAUAAAAUAGAGCUCCAACCCUACGUUGAUACGCAAGUUGUAUUAUUCUAUGAACGUACUGUCAGUAAUUACUGUCCGGUGUGUGUUGUACUUAAUAUUUUUGACCAAACACCCAGAUCUGCCAAAUGCUUCGAUUUUGUCAGUCCCAGUUUUUCAAAUUCGAAUGUAUGCUUAGUAGUGGGACAAACCAGAAUAUAUGCUCACAGAGAAUUUUUGGCAUUUUGCUCUCCAGUUUUCGGAGCCAUGUUUUCUUGCUAUUUUGUGGAAGGGAAAGAAGAUGAAGUGAAGCUCAAUAAUAUCGAUCCUGAAUACUUUUUGAUCUUUUUAAAUAUUCUCUAUCAUAACUGUAGAAAAGUGAACGAAGAGUCGUACAUUCAUCUGCUGGAUUUAGCAGAUCAGUUUGAUACUGCAUGCGUCAAACUACUCUGUGAAGACUACUUGAUUAUGAAUAUUUCAACUUGUUCCGACUAUUUGAGUGUUUUGCGACUGUGCCAUAGCUAUAGACUUCAACGACUAAUGUCACGCAUUCAAUCCAAUAAAAUCAGAAAUCUGAAUAUUUUGGACAACAAGGAACAGAAGCUUCUGACACAGCUUAUGGAUCAUAAUCUUAAAUUCAUCGACAAAAAAAAACUUCGAGCGUACAAUGUAAAAUAUCCGUUGAUGAGUGAGUAUCUGCUCGAUUUAUCCCAACCUCCUCCAAACGACGAUGCGGUACUGUUCAUGAUAAACGGCUUCAAAAUUUAUGGAAACAAACAGGUUUUAUCAAUCUUCUCUCCAACGCUGCGAAGUAUGGUCGAAUCUGCUAAGAACAAGCGAAUUGGUAUUGAGGGAGUGAGCUAUCAAGAGUUCUACCAUUUAAUCAGUCUGUUAUCGCAUUCGGUCAAAGAUUCACAACGGUUGAACGAGUAUACUGUGCUACCCAUGUUUAAACUAGCGGAAAAAUACAAAGUUCAAGUAUUACAAGAAGAAUGUCGUCUUUUUCUACUUUCUUACGAUGGCUAUUUCUUGAAGUACAAAGAUGUUCUUGUUCUGGCUGAUGAAAAAAACUUUGAGGACGUGAGGGAGCGCAUAUAUGGGCGUAUUGCUGAAGUCGCUUCUGCCGUGAAAUCAUUAACCACAACAAACUGUUUCGACUCCAUGCCUGUAUGCUCGUUUGCUGUUGAGGAAAGUUACAGCUUUCUUAGAAGAUGGUGUUCAUAG